AUUCUUAUUUAAAAUUUAAAGAUCUAGAUUAUAGAUCUAUCAUCUAGAACUAGAUCUAGCAGAUCUAUCAUCUAGAUUAAUCUAGAAAUAGAUAAUCAUAUAUCAUCUAUGUGAUUUUUUUAAAUUUGAAUUGUUCUAUCUCUAUUGGCUAGAUCUAGAAAAAAUAAUGAAAACAUCUAUACAAAGCUAAUAAAUAUCUAGUGAUAUAGAUAAUCUAUAAGCUCGACACCCAAUGGUUGCUCAAUAAAAUUAAAUCUGCUGCUUUGUUUUAACACUCAACUUAAAAUAAAAUCAGAUGUAAAAGAGGGGUGGCGUAGGUAUAUCAAAAUAUAAACCCCAUGAGACAUUUCUUCCCUUGACAACGAUAUUGAAUGCCUUGUAAACUAUAUCAGACAAAAUGCAUUUAAAAAAUGAUUUAAUAAUCUAGUUCUUUCAGUUCAGGUAUUUUCUGGUCAAGCAAGAGGGGAACUACCAGGUGCAAAAGAAAAGACUAAUUGCCAUACACAUCACAUUGAUGGUUAAAAUUUAAGCAAGGUGAGCCUUAUAGAAAAUCCCCUAUAAUUCUGAAUAGAUUUAAUGGAAAGCAAGGGAAGUGUAAUAUACAUGUUCUCCUUUCAAUCCUGAAUCAAAAUAUAUAGUUCUUGCUUGGUUAAUGCACCAUGGGACUAUAAACUACCCUUAGUACCGGAAGCACCCCCAUUAAUAUAUAUGAGGUCAAAAUAGCACUCUUUCAUCCAGUGUACUUUAUCGCCUAGUAGAAAAAUGAUCUUGGACAGGAAUACAAAACUAAAUGUGUUAAAAAUUAGAAAAAUGAAUCGCGCACCAUACUACCAUUACUUCUAUAAUAACUGUCACAGAUCACAUUAUAGAAUUGUGUGUACAUUUCUUAUUUAAAAGAAAUAUAAGCCCUCGACAUGAGUCUCGGGAUUUAAUCCUCAAAUUUAGACACUUGUCAUUCAAGUCAGGAUUUACCCAAGGGACUUAAUUAGUAUGUUUGAAAUCUAUUGGUUGAUUUGAAUUUAAACAAAGACAUUUUUGAAAAGAGUUAGCGCCAGAGAAUUGACGGUAGUAAGAAAGUAAAGUCAGUCGAUAAUAUUAAGUCCUUGUAGCUAGUCACGUUUCUAAGAGCUCUGUUUGAAAAGCCUUUGUAAUAUGUUCCAUGCUCAUUGAUUUGUAAUUUGUACAUAAACUGUACUUACGUUGUAUUUAAUAAAGUUCCAGAGUUUUGUUUUAUCAAAGAAUUGUCAAUUGUGAUUCUAGAUCUUCAUUUUUGUUAACUAUUGAAUUCAAGUAAAAUCCCCGGCAUCACAACACAUCGUGACAUCUCACCACCAGAAUGUUGUUGUGACAUAUUUGGCACUCUCCGACUAACAAAAGUACAUGGACAACUUUUAACGAAAUUUAUUCAAGAUCUAGAUCUGGGACCAAUUUCUAAACUCUUCAAAGGAACUUCAUUCUUAUUUAACGGAGGACAGAAUUUCUGUGUUUAACAGGUCAGUUGGUUAUCGAUAAUUCUUUUAUAAAGAUUUUCGUUAGAGUUACGUCUAACUCACGAAAACUAUUAUUAUAUGUAAUUGGCAAAAGGAAUAAGACCAAUAUACAUAAUAACUGGCAUUAUUAAAAGACCAGUAAAGCAAAUAACUGGCAUUAUUAAAAGACCAGUAAAGCAAAUAACUGGCAAUAUUAAAAGACCAGUAAAGCAAAUAACUGGCAAUAUAAAAGACCAGUAAAUCAAAUAACUGGCAUUAUAAAGAAGACCAGUAAAUAAUCAUUUGAGCAGCACAAAGUAAACAGAAGACCAGAUUUAACCAACUGUUAAACCAGUAAAAAGUACAUCGGCUCAAUAGAUCUAUAUUAUUAUUAUAUCUGAAAUAAAGCCAAAAUCCAGAUAUUGAACAUUUUGCUCCAAUACAAGAAACUAACAAAAAAAUUAAAUAUGGCUUCCAGUUCUAGAACACAACGAUUCUUCGAAUUAAUAGAAUUUGCCAAAGAAAAGCAAAUUUCAAAGCCAGACCAGUGGGCAGAGAAACAAGAAGAGAAAGAAUAUCAAGAGCAAGAAUCUGAAAAACGCAUGCAAUUAGAAGAAAAAAAAUUACAAGAAUCUGAAAAACGCAUGCAAUUAGAAGAAAAAAAAUUGCAAGACGCCAAGAAACAAAGGCAAGAAGCCGAGAAACAAAGGCAACAUGAAAAAGAAAAAAUGGAAUUCGAAAAACAAAAUAAAGAAAGCAUUCCAAUUCAAGGUCAAUCAAAUAUGUUUGACAAAUACAGAUUAAUGAACAAAAUAUCGGCUUUCAACGAAAACAUUGACAAUAUGGACUCGUAUCUCAUAAGAUUUGAAGAAAUAGCUACAACAUCCGGUCUACCUGAAGCACAUUGGUCGAGCUCACUCCUCACCCUUUUGACUGGCAAAGCUGUCAACAUUUGCUCACAACUGUCCAUCAAUGAACGCAGCACUUACUCUGAUAUCAAGGAAGCUCUACUGCGCCAAUACGGAGCAACUUCAGCCAACUAUAGAAAGAAAUUCUAUAAUGAAAGGCCACAGCAAAAUGAUGAUCCUCAAAUUUUUGUAGCUAAUAUGUCAAUGUGGUUUGAUAGAUGGGUAUCCAUGGCAAAAAUAGAAGAAAGUUACCAAGCUCUUCGUCAACAUAUUAUUAUCGACAACAUCACCCAUGCUCACUCAGAAGAUAUUCAAUCCUACAUUAUAGAGAGAAAUCCUACUGAUAUACAGACAUUAACCAAGAUCAUCAGACAAUAUAGAGCAGCCUAUCCAAACAAGUCAGUCAAACCAUCUGUUGAAGAAAAUUUUGUCUGCUUUGCUCAAGACAAAAAUGCAAGAUAUAAGUCAGAUGACAAAGUCAAAUGCAACAAAUGUCAUAAACUAGGGCAUUUCACGUCUCAAUGCCGCAGCAGAACCACAGAAUGUUCAUUUUGCCAUAAAAAGGGUCACCAAAAUCAUGAAUGUUGGAAAAAACAAGCAGUCUCUAAAAAUCAAAAUUUUGAUAGACCCACAUCACCAACUCAAAGAUACAACAAUAGAGAGCAAUACAAUCUCAACAAAGCACCUGGAAACAAUAAACCAGAUAACAACAAACCUCGCUACAGAAGUCAUUCACAGGACUCCAGACCACAAUAUAUGCCAAACAGAAGCUCAUAUAACAGAAGCUAUUACAAUGAGCACUCAACUAUGACAGUCAUUGCAAAGUCCAAUGGUCUCAAAUUUUAUCCAGGCUUUGUAGGAGACAAGAAGGUGGAAGUUCUUCGUGACACCGGAAGCACGUCCACAUUAGUACAUGAACGCUUCGUACACGCAAACCGUUUCACAGGCAACCACGUCCAAGCCACUGCAUUCAACGGAACUGUCAGCAAGUUGCCUGAAGCCAUCAUUUAUGUUACUACACCAUUCUUCAGUGGUCAAACAAAAGCAUUAGUAACACCCAAUCUACCAGUGGACCUAAUCAUUGGAAACAUAGAGGGAGUUAAAGAAUGCACUCCUCAAGAACUUACUGAAUGGACGAAUGCCAUACAGCAAGGUCAAAAAUGUUUAGCAGUAAUGACAAGAUCCAUGACCAGACAACAAGAACAUUUGGCACCUGAACAAGUUAGCCAAAAUAAUCACAUGGCUACCUCAGUUACUCAAGUUAUGCAGAAUGCAACAGAACCAGUUACUAGUCCAGUAGCCAGCAAUAAUCAAGAACAUUCAACAUGGACACCCCCAGUUACAUCAAGCCCAUCCCUACCGGUCAUAAGUCCACCUCCAAUUCCCGAAUGUCCAAUGUUGAACUUUGAAGAACAAGACGAUAUGCCCAGAGUCUCUAACAAUGAUACAAGAACUCUAACUAGUCAAACUGAAGUCCAUCAAGACAAGUCAUAUUUCACACAUGAUGACUUCAAAGAAGAACAGAAACGAGAUCCAACAUUGCGAAUACUUUAUCAGAAGGCUCAAGCAAACAAACAGCUGAAUCUAACAAAUAAACCAUAUUUUCAAGAUGGCCUCCUGGUGAAGAAUGCCAUGCAUAAAGACAAUACCAUUCAGCAAAUAAUAGUGCCACAGAAAUACAGGAAAGAAAUACUGGCAACAGGACAUAACAUUCCACACGCCAGCCAUAUGGGUGUAGUCAAAACUAAAGCCAGAAUCCUCAAAGAAUUUUAUUGGCCAAGUAUCAUUAAAGACGUCAAGAAAUACGUGAAGUCAUGUCAUAUUUGCCAAGUCAAAGGACCUAAGAACAACAAAUCACAGGCACCUAUUCAGGAUAUGGAAUUGACAGACAAGCCAUUCCAAAAAGUCUCAGUUGAUUUGAUUGGUCCUAUGCCAGUAGCUUCAGCAAGAAACCAUCGGUAUGUCCUGACAUUGAUUGACACAUGUACAAGAUGGACAGAAGCAGUACCUCUAGUCAACAUUACAGCACUUGACAUAAUCAGAGCUUUGUCAGAGAUAUUUUCCAGAAUUGGUUUCCCAGAAGUUAUCCUCUCUGACAGAGGCACACAGUUCACAGCUGACAUUACCAAAGACUUCAUGAACAUGUACCACAUCAAGAUGAAGUUCACAACGCCCUAUCAUCCCCAAAGCAACGGGCUUUGCGAACGAUUCAACGGUACUUUGAAGAGGUGCAUUUCAAAAAUAGCACACGACAAUCCACAGAAUUGGGACUUAUUGCUACCAGCAGCUCUGUUUGCAUACAGAGAAAGUCCUCAAGAAACCACAGGAUUCUCACCUUUCGAGAUGGUUUAUGGCGCCAACCCACGAGGACCAAUGGCAAUCCUCAAAGAAGCUAUUAUUCGCCAAAACUCAAUCUCAUCAGAAACCAAGACAGCGUUUCAACAUGUGCAAGAUACCAGAAACAUAGUCAUAUCUGCAUGUGAAAAAGCAAAUGAAGCCACAGCUUAUGGACUAUUCCAUUUCAACUUCAUGCCAUUUGGUCUAGUCAACGCCAGCAGCACCUUUAAUAGAGCCAUUCACAGCAUACUAGGCAAUCGCUCUGACACAGUGUCAUAUAUAGAUGACAUUUGCAUAUUCCAUAAGACAUGGAACGAACAUAUCAAAGGACUACAAGAAGUUUUCAGCAUACUGAAACAACAUGGUUUUACCAUAAAGCCUAGUAAGGUAGAACUAGCCAUGUCAGAAAUAUCCUUCCUGGGUUAUAAAGUCAGCUACAAUUCGCUGAGACCUCAAGAGGACAUUAUUCAACGCAUACUAGACAUCAAAGUCCCCACCAGUAAAAAGCAAGUGAGAAGUAUUUUGGGUCUGUGUAAUUUCUACAGACAUUUCAUACCAGGUUACACAGCACUCAUAGCUCCAUUGAUUGAACUCACUAAAAAAGGACAACCAACGAAGAUUCCAUGGUCUACAAAGCUACAUACCACUAUCGAAAACAUUAAAGCUGAAUUCUCAAGAGACACUAUUCUCAAACUCCCGAAUCCAGAGAAGCAAUUUUACCUAGCCACAGAUGCUUCAUCUUCAGCCAUAGGAGCAUGCCUAAUGCAGAGUUACCAAGACACUUCACAGAAAUGCCAAGAGACGUUGCACCCAGUAUUUUUCAUCAGCAGGAGGUUGUCACCAGCUGAAACCAGAUACUCAACCAUCGAACGGGAAUGUCUAGCCAUUGUAUGGGCCAUUGCCAAGUUCUCCAGAUAUCUACUAGGUGCCCAUUUCACACUCCUAACUGAUCAUGCACCACUAGCAUUUCUAAACUCAAAGAAGUUAGCGAACAGUCGUUUAACUCGUUGGAGUCUACAACUUACAGACUACCAAUUUGAGGUCAAGACAAUUCCUGGACGUGAGAAUGUCUUCGCUGACACACUUUCCAGAUGUAUUUAAUUCUUAACAUAAUUGUAUAUAUAUUUUUCUUCCACAUAUUUUUUCAACAGGUAUUCUAUAUCAGAUGUUACAUUUAUUUUAGCACCAAGCAACCCACUGAGGAAGGUCACUCAUUCAAGAUACUUUUUAAUUAUGUUUCAGCAUCUCUUUACAUAUGACAUGCAUCAGACAUUUUAAUUUUUAAAUCAUGAGCAUUUUAUUUCAGGUAUAUUAUUAUUGCAUAUAUCCUAUUAUGAUAGUACAGAUACAUGACAGACAAUUGGAAUUUUUCAUGUUGAGAUUUAUAUCACAUUGAGUAUUAUUUUCUCAGAAGAUUGUCAUGUACUAUCACAAUUAUUUUUCUAUGUCAAUUUUUCAUAUGCAAUAUAUUUUUUCCAUGUACACAUUUUCACAAAUGAGUUAUAAUGUCAUAUUUUAAUUUCAUCAUGAAGCUUCAUAACUUAUUCAAUUCAAAAUUUAUGCUUUGUACAACUUUUGAUAUUGUUCAUGACAAGCAUUGUCUCAUUUUCAUAACCACUUGUAUAGUGAAACAGGUGUUCAAAGUCAUCAAUAAUUUUAUUCACUGCAUUUACAUAUUUUUUAUCUCCAAGUUGACUUUAUUUUGUCAUAUGUUACCUCAACCAUUUUUCUAUAGUUUCAUGUAUGGUAUUUAUGUAUAUUUAAAUAAUUUGAAUACAUAUGAGCAUUUCUAUUACCAUACAAAUGCUAAAUGGAGAGGGGGGUAAUAUGUCACAGAUCACAUUAUAGAAUUGUGUGUACAUUUCUUAUUUAAAAGAAAUAUAAGCCCUCGACAUGAGUCUCGGGAUUUAAUCCUCAAAUUUAGACACUUGUCAUUCAAGUCAGGAUUUACCCAAGGGACUUAAUUAGUAUGUUUGAAAUCUAUUGGUUGAUUUGAAUUUAAACAAAGACAUUUUUGAAAAGAGUUAGCGCCAGAGAAUUGACGGUAGUAAGAAAGUAAAGUCAGUCGAUAAUAUUAAGUCCUUGUAGCUAGUCACGUUUCUAAGAGCUCUGUUUGAAAAGCCUUUGUAAUAUGUUCCAUGCUCAUUGAUUUGUAAUUUGUACAUAAACUGUACUUACGUUGUAUUUAAUAAAGUUCCAGAGUUUUGUUUUAUCAAAGAAUUGUCAAUUGUGAUUCUAGAUCUUCAUUUUUGUUAACUAUUGAAUUCAAGUAAAAUCCCCGGCAUCACAACACAUCGUGACAUCUCACCACCAGAAUGUUGUUGUGACAAUAACCAUCAAAAUAAAGACGCAUUAGUGAAAAUACUGUGAGAUGUCCGAUAUCGGAUACAAAAGUGGUGUUUUCAAUAAGGCAGCUUUACUCUGGCUCUAGUCUAACAAUUUAAAUAGAUCUAUCAUUUAUUCAUUCUGAUUCUCUUU